AUGCUCCACUGGGAAACUAAGUUUCAAGCGGCUUUUGAUGCCCUGUGUGCAGCAUUCUGGACCCGAAUAGAGUCCCGCCAGCAGCAACGCACAUUUACUGCAGCCGUGCCAACGGAGGCCGCCAGCUCUGCAAAGACAGCCUGUCUCACUCCUGGACUGAGAGCAAAAAGGAGCAAGCAUCCCACGCAGCCUGCACCUGUGUUAAAUCCUGCUCGCAGAGCUCCCGCACGGAGAAACCCUGCCAGAUGGAGACCUCACCGACCUCACCUACCUGCAUGCAGCUCAAGCACCCAGGCACUCCAGCACUCUACGGAACCUCGAAGACACAGCCUGACCGCAAUGAGGAGGAGGGCAAUGCGGCUGCAGCCAGGUGAACACGUAACUGGGCGGCUAAUGCGAAGCCCACAGCAGAAACCCAAGAUUCCAACAGCACACUAG